GACACUCUUCACUACCAGAAAACAUCUUCCCUCACAACAAACCGAACAAGCUAAAGUAACGAAAACAAAACAUGGGAAGCCUCAAGUCUCUCACUCUCUUGGCUUUGCUUCUCUCCUUCUCUCUCGGUGUCUUUGCCGAGACAUCCAACGAUUCCGCUACACAUGCCAAUGAUGAAGUAAAGCCAAGUGAAGCGACCGAUGCUAUAGAGCCACAACAACGUGGUGGUUGUAGGUACGGUUGUUGCGGAGCCUAUGCUUUUGGACGGUGCAGCGCUUGCUGCAGCCGACCCCAGACCGUGGAGGCCGUGGAGACUAAGACUGUUGAAGUCAACGAUGUUGAACCUCAGCAACGUCGUGGUUGUAGGUACGGAUGUUGUGGUAGCUACGCUUUUGGACGGUGCAGUGCUUGUUGCAGCCUUAGCCAGGCCCAGGUUGUGGUCGAAGGCGUGGAAGCUGUUGAGCCUCAGCAGCGGGGCCGUGGUGGUUGUAGGUACGGAUGUUGCGGAUACUGGCAUUAUGGACGGUGUAGUUACUGUUGCCGAAGUGCUCAGGUCGAGUCUGAAGUUGUUGAGCCCCAGCAACGUAGCAGGUGUAGGUACGGUUGCUGCGGAAGCUACGCUUAUGGGCAGUGUAGUGCUUGUUGUUCUAAGAAGAUGGCUACUGAGGAAGAGGAGAAAAAGGAAGAAGCUAAGCCAUGAAUUCUUGUGUAAUUCAAACUGUGUUUGUAUGCAUGAAUGCAUGGU